UUGUGGUGGUGAGGGGAAGAGCAGCACGAUCGGUUUUGAUCGGGAUUACAUGCAUUUUCGGAUUUAUCUAGUGGUUAGCAUUAAGGAUUUACGUAGUAGGAGAUAUCCACAGUCCCAUAUUCCGUCCUAAAGGUCCGGCGCUGGGAUGGGUUCCGUGUGGAAGAGGUUCCAGCGCAUCAACAAGAAAGCUGCCAAGUUCCAGUUCACAGCCUCGUACCAUGAACUGGCUCUCACUGCGACUCCCAAAUGGCAGCCGAGCCAGCUGAGCGUGGUGUGGCUGCGGCGGACGCGUCGAGUGGUGCACGACGCCCCGGCAUGGGAGCCCUCCAUGAGGAACCCCCUGGAAGGCCUGUGCGUCUGGGCCGUCCCCACCAACACCACCAUCACCGUUACGCUCUUCAGGGACAACCGCACCAAUGAAUUCGAAGACAAGGAGUGGACCUUCGUCAUAGAGGACGUGUCGUCGACGGGCAAACGGCGUCAGGUAGCGACGGCGCAGAUCAACAUGAAACAAUAUGCAGGGUUCAGCACGCAGCACGACGUUAAGGUCAAACUUAGGCCGCUCAGCAAAAAAGUCGUGUCGGCUUCCCUGGACCUUACUCUCUCCUGUCUCUUCCUGCGAGAAGGCAAAGCCACAGACGAGGACAUGCAGAGUAUGGCGUCCCUCAUGUCCAUGGCAACGCCGAACGACAUCGCUCCCCUCGAGGACUUCGACGACGACGAUGACACUGAAGGUGACGCCAUGGUGCGGUCGGCCGAGUUCAGCCAGCUCGCUGCCCAGAUCAGCUCCCUCACCUCUUCCUUCCACCAGGACGACCCCCUCUCCUUCUCCCUGGACGAUCCGCACUCUCCGCUGAACGUCUUUGACGAAACGGAGGAGGACGCGGCCACGCUGGAGGGCGGCGAGGAGCAAGCUCAAGCCAUAACCACCGAGGGCGAAACGGCGUAUUCAUCCGACGGCGGCGCCUUGUCACCCACCGCCGCCCACGCCGCUGCCCAGCCCGACCACGAAACCCACCAUCCAUCCGUCCACGAAGGGUUGACGGACGCGGGAGAGCGACGGCGCACGCGCGAGGACCGGCAAGCUCUGCAGCCCCUCGACCUUAACUCAGUCCAUAUGGGCCCAUCGAAAGGAGGAGGCGUGGCGGACAGAGGAGGAGGAGGUGGAGGAGGAGGGAGGGAAACCCUCGGUGUGUCAGGAAGCGAGGGCGGAGGCUGCACGCCGGGACAGGAUCUGCUGUCGUGGUGUCAGUUCGUGACACGCGGCUACAAAGGGGUCAAGAUUACUAACAUGACCACCUCUUGGAGGAACGGUCUCGCUUUUUGUGCCAUCAUACACCACUUCCGACCUGACCUCAUAGACUAUGAGAGCCUCACCCCACAAGAUGUCAAAGGCAACUGCAAAAAGGCAUUUGAGGCAGGGGAGUUCCUUGGGGUGACACGCCUGAUUGAGCCUCAAGAUAUGGUCAUCCUCACCGUCCCUGAUAAGCUGGCAGUCAUGACCUACCUUUACCAACUCAGGGCACAUUUCACAGGUCAUGAGCUAGAAGUGGCUCAGAUUGGCAACACUGCCGAAGAGUCAUCCUACACUGUUGGACGGUUAGAUGCCAACUCAGGUGACGAUGACAUCCUUAACCUGAGGUCCCAUGAUGACAACCGCAAUUUACAACGACUGUCUGCCCACCUUAGCAUGCCUGGGGAAGUUGAAAAUGACAACAGAGCAGUAGAAGCCAGAAUCAGACGAGCAUCUGAGUCCAGCCAGACAUCCCAAAAAUCGAUGUCAAGUAAAAGAAAGAGUGGAGAUUUUGCACCAGAUAAAGAAAGUGGCACAGGCGUAACGACACCAUCUGCAAAAGAUCGGAUUUUGGCUUCAUCAAAGUCAAUAACAUCAGAGAUCUUUAAAAUUGGCACCAAGGUUCUUUCUCCUACACGUGAGAAGCUAGCAAAGACUGAAAAUAGAAAUUCAAAUGCUUCCCUGAGUAGCAACAGUAGCAGUGGAGAACGUCCUGUGCUAAUGACACGCAAGCAGCUGGUAGAUCCCUUUGCAUCAGAUGAUGAAGAUGAGCCAUCUGCCCCAUCUACAACUCAGGAGCAGCCACCAUCAAGUCAACAAGACACUUCUCACAAUGAUGAUACCUUCAACCAAAACAACAGAAAUUCACAGUCACCAAGAUCUCCUCCAACUUCACCUUCUGAAGAGACCGGGCCCAGUAAUGUGGUGGCAACGACAGGGCCCCAUGAAGGAUCCCCAGUUGAUUCCCGAUUAGGGUCCAUAGUCCAGGAGGUGCCAGGGCUCCUCGACCUCUCCCCCACCCGACGGGAUCAGGUGGUGAUGAGAGAUAGACAAAGUCCCGUCAAGAAGCUAAAACCUCCACCUUUGGAAAACCAGAGAAGAAAUGUCUGCAGUGUACAAACAGCAGCCACCAUGCCAAAGACUAGUGAAAUGCCAAAGUCAAACAAUCCUUUGAAACAAAAUACUAAAAGUGGAGCCAACCACACUUCUUCAAGUCCUCAGAGGCAGCAGUCUGCUAGUAAAAAGACUCAGAAAACUGAUAAUCCAAGUGUUGCUAUGCCCAUGAGGGGUGACAGCCCAGAGACAAGUGAUAUUACUUAUGCAAGAUUCCAGAAUAAUGACUCAAGUCCAUCUCGCAGAAAAUUUUCAGCAAUGUUAAAGGGAGCUACAAAGAAAACCCCUGUUGCAAAUGAUGCAAAAGUCAAAAGCUUACCUCUUACAAGUCCGAAAGAAAAUAAAAAAACAGUUCAGUCAAAAUCAACAAAGCCAUUUUCAAACUUUAGAGAAAAAUUAAAGAAAAGUAGUUCAACCUCAAAGGAAACUUCAUCUAGUAAGAAAGAUGAUGCUUUAUCUAGGAACACAGGUGGUCGUAAUGUUAUAGGUAGAACCGAAAUGAAAAAAGGAACAAAGUCAGAAAGUGCUGCAUCAUCUACAAUAUCUAAAGGGAAAGUGGAUCAAAGGUUAAAUGUUGAAAAGUCCAAUAUAACUUCUAAAACAGAAAAAUCCCCAAUAGUUAGUCAUAAGAAUAACAAAAUAGGUAAAUCCAGUGAUAAAGCUGAUUCUAAAAAGGUUCGUGAUACAGGCGAUAAACUGGCUCGGCAGACAGAGCCAAAAUUUGAAAAGUCAGACAGUUUUAAUGUCACUAUGGCAGAAUAUGGUUUAAAAAGAGAAGCUGUAUUCUCCUCUUCCUCUGCUGUAAGAGAAUCUGUUCGUGCGGAUAUUACAAAAUCUUUAACAGAUGAAAUAAAUAAUUCUGUGUGGGAAGAGCAGUCUCAGUCACAGACUCUUCCCAAAGACUUUGUUACGUCUUCUUGGGCAAAGUUUGAAGACUUUGAUUGGGAUAAAUGUCAGGGAACUGUAUCUCAAAGUAUUUCUGAAGGUGAUAUAUAUGAAUGCUUUGAUGUAAAUUUGAAAACAAGUAAAGAGGUUAAUGACAUCACUGAAACUGAACAUGAAGGUUCCGAUAGUAGGAAAUUAGAUCAGGAAGUUAUUGAUUCAACAAGAAAUACAGAUAUUAAACAAGAUACAAGCAGAGACAAAAUGAUUGUUGAAGAAAGUACCACAAAAGAGAAAACAGAUGGUAUAGAAGAAGAUGAUAAAGGUCCUGAAGAUGCCAAUGUGGAGCAAGCCAAACCUCAGCCUAAUGAUGACAGCCAAGAAAGUGAAGCAACAAAAGUUGUAUUGAAUGUUGAAAAUUCUGAAAGGAAAACUAGUCUUGAUGCUCCUUCUCUUCCACCCAGGAAGCUAAAAGAGGUGAUGUUGAACUGGGUUUCAUUUGAAGAUUCACAGGAAAGCCAGACUGUAAGAAGGAAGCAGGUAGAAAAAGAACAUAAUGUAGAAAUGGAGCAGAAUACGAAACUUGAUCCUGAAAAAGCAUAUGAAAAUGUCUGGUUUAGUUCAGGACCAUGUGACACCCCAACACCUUUUGAUGAUCAGUGUGAUGAAGAAUUUAAGGUUUAUGCAAGUGUGAAACCUUUUGGUGAUGAUACCAAUGAGUCAUCCUCUUUUGAAAUGGAAGGAGAUACCUUUGCAAAAAUUAUAGAGGAAAUUGUAAAAGACACACCAGGCAGUGAAGAGAAAGGGCAGUCAAAUCCUGCUACUGUGUUGUCAGAGCAAAGGAAUUUCAUUGUUUGUGGUCCUGCAGAAGAAGUUAUGCAGAAACCUAUGAGGUUUGACAGGAUAUUUAAACUAGAUAUAGCCCCACCAGCUACACACAAACCCAAAAGCUGCACAAUUGAAUGUAAUUGCAGUUUUAUUGCCUCUUCUGCAAAACAUUGGGAACUUGAAAGUAAUGGGGUGAUUCCUGUAAUGAAACAUGAUUUUGAAUAUGCUUUAUGUAGAUUUGAAAUUGAUUAUAAAGGUUUUGCUAAAGUUAAUGAAAGAUGCAGAGUAUAUAUGUUUAGCACACCUCUAAAACUGCAAAUAGAGGAGUUCAGACAGGAAUUUGUUAAUGAAAUUCCAGUUUUAGAGCACCCAUAUACUUCUUCAAAUAUAUUAGUGGAGCCAGCCUCAGAAGUAUUUGAAGCUGUAGAGAUGUCAGCACCAGUGUGGAUAGAUUUAGAAGUUCCUUCACUAAUGCAUUCACAUGCUGUGUUGCUUGAUGUGGAAGCAGAGCUGCAUCAAAAAUACUCUGUCAGUAAAAUUGAAGUAAGUUUAUCAGAGAUGGUGAACUCAACUAUUAUGACAGCAAUACCAGGGGAAAAGGGUAAUGUAACAGAAAAAGAGAUGGAUGUGGAUGAGAAUAAUGAGAGUGCUAUCAUUAACUCCCCAGUAGAAGAGUUUACUGUUAGAGAUUUUAGUGAUAUUGCAGUGUGCCUUGAGAAUCAAAUACUUUCAAGUACAGAGGAAGAAAAAAGAGUAGAUUAUACACCCUUACAUGAAGAGAAAGAAGUCAGCAUAGUAAAUCCAAAAGAAGCAGACCUUGAAACAGAAUUCAUAACAUUUCCUAAUGACAAAAACAUUGAUAAUGAUCACCCUGUUGAUUUAACUGUAGUAGAAGCUUUUGACUCUAGAGAUAAUAAAGUAAAGAUAGGUUCACCUUUAAAAAACAUAGAUGAUCAAAUAGUGGAAAAUUUUAAUGUAGGUGAUGCAGAAAGUUGUCAGCAAGGUGAGAAACAGGAUAAAGAUAUGCACCUCGAAGGAAAUAGAUCCAGCUUUAACAUAAGCCAAAAGGGUGUCAUAAAUAAGAAGGGCCUUGACUUGUUACAUGCACUAGAGAGUGUGGAAGAGGUAGAAUUAGAGGCUGUGGCACAAGAGUUGUCAUUGGAAUCUGAAACCAAUGUAACAUUUGUUGAACCUGGAAAUAUCAGUACACUUGUAGAACCAAGAAAGAUAAAGUUUGGUGGAAUUGAUACAUUUAAGAUAGAAGAAGUCAGAGUUGAAGAUGAUAAUAUAUUUGAACAGGAUAUGGAAUUUAUAGUGUCAGAUGGAGAUGCACCAUCUGCCCUCAAAAUACCACAGAUACUUAUUCAUGCACCAAGUGAUGAAAUGCUAUCACAAGAUGAAGGAAAAGAUGUGACAAAUGAGGAGGAAUUAUCUACUGAUCAGAAUUACUUACAAACAAAUGAUUAUGAUGAUGAUGAUGAUUAUACUAGUGAUAUGGAAGAUAUUCCUGUAUGUUCAUUGGCUGAAGAGGAAAUGCUCAGAGCACUUAUGCAUGCAUCUGCAGAAGAAGCUACACAAGAAUUUAUAGAUGUUUUUGUAGUGUUCAAAAAUCAAUAUCAGCUUCCAGAAAGAGUACAGGCAAAAAUGAAGAAGGUGGAAAAAGAACCAUUUAUACAUGCCACUGUAGAAGAGGAAAUGACAUUCAUAUCUUUGCAAUGCUUGGAAGUUGAAGAUGAUUCUGAGGAAAGUGGAACAAUGCCUGAGAAGCAAAUGUCUGUGUCAGAUUCUGAUGUCUCACUUAUAAGAGUUGCUGCUGAAGAAUUAUGCUCAGUUACUCAUGAAUUUACAAAUGACUUGCAAGCAUAUGAAUUACCUGAAGUGGUACAAAGUACAGAAACUUAUGAACCAGAAAAACUCAUGAUAGCAGAAGAAGAUACUCUGGAUGCUAUUGAAGUAACAUCAGACAUUAUUGACAUUUCUGUACCAGUAAUGUCAAAGCGUCAGGAAAUGGAACAUAGGUCCAGUAAUAAAGAUAAUAUUAUUCAUGGAGGUAAUCCCAUAUGUGAUAAUACACAAAGUGAUGUUGAUAAUUCUAAAGAGGAAAAGUAUGUUUAUUCAGUUGAGAAGGAUGAUAUCCAGGAAUUUGCUUCUGAACCCAAUGUGUAUGUGAUUCCUUCCAAAGAAGCAUUGCUAAUGAGUACAAAAGAAAAUUCUACUUUUAGUUUGUCAGAGGAUGUUCGAAUCAGUGCAAUGAACUUUAAUACAUCACAGGUAAAAGAAAAUACCAAUGUAAGUGGAAGGUUAUCUGGGAAUCAAAGUAUGAGUACAUCAGUCUCCUCUCAAGCUGAGUCAGUAGAGGGGGAGGGUGUUCGAGACAUUGUCUCUGUCAGUAAUGCAGCUGUACUACAGUAUUGGGCUGGUGUGAUGAAAGAGAAAAAGAGGAAUAUAUGCACCUUUGGAAUGAUAACAGAUUUUGAACUCCCAGAAGAAUCAGGGUUAAAAGGCAGUGCUUCAAUACCAGUUCCAGAAGGAGGAUGCCAUAUGCAAGUUGAAAAGGCAGUCAAAGAAUUGUCAAGAAAAGGGAAUGAUUUAGAUGAAAGUAAAAUAUAUUUCCUUAGUUGCUCUCCAGAUUCUGCAUUUGAUGGCAUUGAUUUCCAGCUUCCUGUUGAAGAGGAAGAAGGAGAUUGGUUGGAGGAUUUAGAGGACUUUCAGGGGGAGGAAGCUUUUGACAGUGAAUUUGAAUUUGGUGAGAUGGAGCUUGAGUCUGACUCUGAGAAUUCAACUAUAAACAAACUUUCUCCGGAGAUGAAAAGCAAGCAUGGCAAAAGGAGACUUGAAGCAAAUACUUUGAUUAGUGAAGCUGCUGUUCUGAAAAUGUCUCCAGAAAAGGAAGUUGGGUUGGUUGAAAACCAAUUUCCAAAAGAAGGGGGAUGGUUUAUGGAUGGCAUAAGGCAUACUACAAAAGGAUUAUAUAAUCUUUUCUUUUAUGGACAGACUCCUGGGGAUAAGAAUGCUGAGGAAAAUCCAAUGGCUCAAAUGGAUGUGGGGAAGGAUGUGACUGGUGAAGUAAGUCGACAAAGUGAGUCGCAGGAACUGACAAAUAGAACACAAAGGUCAAGGAAAAUGGAUUCACAUGUAACAAAAGGUGCCAGUAUACAAAACAUGUCUUCUGCAACCAGUCAUGACAACUGGAAUUUGACUAACACUGGCACACGACCCAAAUCACAUAUGGCUUCACAGGAUGCCUCAGUCUUGGGGCCUGAAUUUAGAGAAUGUUAUUCUCAUAAAUCUGAUGACUCUACAGAGCAUACUGUGUCUUCUCAUGACGCUGUUUCUAGAGUGGGUAACAAAUAUGAAAACAUCAAUGCUGAUCUUUCAAGUGAUACUUCAGAGGAGGAACAAAGUUUAAAAUUCCUGGCACACCUUGCUGGAGUUUCUCCAAAAGAAGAAUCUAAUAGGGCAGCACUCCGCCUUCUGUUGACCAAGGUUCUACAAGUGCAGUUGUUGCUGUGUGUUCUACAGAGUGAUGAGUGCUACGCCUUUUACUGCAAAACCUGCAGAUUUGUUGACAGCAGUCAUAUAUGA